AUGUUACUUACCCUCAACCAGCACAACCAGCAGACCGAUGCGGGAGACCCUUCUGAUAGCUCGGCCAUACUGAGCUCCAAUCCACCCUCGCUGCUUUCAUCGUGCUCUGAGUCCUCAUCUGAAAUUGCUCUUGCCCAGGUUGUUUCCCCCAUGGAAUCUUCCUCAAGAGAUCUUCCUCCACCGUCUGCCCUGCCUCGCAUGCCUGCAGCAAUGCCCACUCCGUUACCCCCGCCGCCAUCGCAGUGGCAAGGAACUGAGCCCAUGCAGCAAUGGUUGCGGGCAAAAGCUGAGGAGGAUCGUCGCAGUCAAGAGGAAGAGAAGACCAGACAGGAGACGUUACGAUUGGAGCAGCGCAAGAUUGAACAGACGAUCUUGGCCGAUUCUUUGCGUGCAGGUGUACCUCCUCAUUUGAUUCCGCUGAUGUUCGCCGUGUCAGCAACGGAUUCCCAAGGGGACUUUCGUCGUACUCAUUCGGGUGCCGGCCUGUAUCCCUAUCCUCCAGUUGUGAAGAUGCCGCCAGCAGGAAAUAGUGGUGCUAGACCUCCGGCAAACUCCCAAGUUCCACUUCCUUUGCCUGCUCAGCCACGCCCCGUCGACAUGCAGCCUCAAGUCAUGCCCAAUCUUGCUUCUCCACAUAUGCCUCCACAUCCGCCUCAAGUCAUACCCACUUCUGUCCGACAGGAUUCACGGACCAGUCGACCUGCACCUCCUAUCUCUUUCCAUCAUUGGGUUCCUCCAGGUCUACCGCAGCCUACGUCUCAGCUUCAUCCUCAAGCAACACCUACCCAAAACCAGACAGCGGAACCAACUAUGCCCCCUGAGCCUACAGCUCAGGCCCAAGAUAGCUCCCCAAUUCGCAAAAGGAAAUCCCAAAACACCCACUCUCCAGUUGCUCCUCCCUCUGCUCGUAUGUCUGAGUCAGCUGGACGGGCUAUGCGAUCUGGUGCACAGAGCCCAGUCGCUGGUGAACCGGGCCAGCAUGAGCGACAAAGUGAAGUUUCUCGCGAACUUGUCACUGAAGUAGACCCUAUUGGUCAUCGACGCUUGUCCACGCCGCAGAUCAGCCCUAGGUCUCAGCGAGGGUCUGUCUGGAAUUCCCAACGCAAUUCACGCUCUCGAAGCCCCGAGAGAGACUUCCAGCACCCACCGCCAUCCCAAAAUCAGGCUGAGACGUCGGAUAUGGAAAUCUCAUCGGAACAGGACACGGGAUCUGGUGGAGCGACUGGAAACAAACCCUAG